AUGCCCCUCAUGGAACCCCAAGCUAUCCUUGCUGCCCUCGUCUUUGCAGCUACUCUUCUAGCUGUAGUAUACACCCGACUACGACGUUCUCAUUCUGGCCUACCCUUACCCCCAGGGCCGCCUAGCGACUCGAUAUUCGGGACAUCGUUUCAAUCUGAGUUCUUCUACCGACAUUUCGAACGAUGGACACAGGAGUAUGGCCCAGUAUUCUCGUUCAGGCAAGGUUUGAGGACCAUCGUCGUCGUCGGACGGUUUCAGGCGGCUGUAGACAUCAUGGAGAAGGAAGGUGCAGCGCUCGCUGACCGCCCUAGGUCCAUCGCUGCUGGAGAGACGUUGUCUGGCGGGAUGCGCGUUCUUCUUACUCCGGCCGGCGAGCGAUUCAAGAAGAUGCGAAGGGCUCUGCAUUCUCAUCUCCAGCCAAAGAGCGUCGCCUCGUACUCACCGAUCCUCAUGAGAACCGCAAGGCAAAAUAUGUUGGACAUCAUCCAGGAUCCGGAGAGGCACCAGGACCACGCAAAGCGCUAUGCCGCCGCCGUGGUGAUGGCUUUAGCAUACGGCAAGGUCCCUCCUUCGUACGAGGACCCCGAGGUUCAGUCCGUCAAUCGAUGCCUCACGCGACUUGGACUGACGAUGCGAGCUGGAGCCUGGAAAGUAGAUAUUCUUCCAUUGCUGAAAUUCGUACCGGGAUAUCUGAGGCCGUUGAAAGACGGCCAUGCCGAGGAACUAGGUCUCUUUAAGAAUCUCCUUCAAGAAGUUCGGGAUCAGAUCGCAAGAGGCGAUGAAGUUCCGUCUUCGUUUGGGAAAUACCUCAUAGAGCGGCAGAAUGAAUACCAGCUCAACGACGAUGAGACGGCCUAUCUUGCUGGAAGCAUGUUCGGAGCUGGCAGCGACACCACAGCAUCGGCGAUUAGUGUGGCUGUCAUGGCUGCAACAUGCUACCCUGAGACACAGAAGAAGGUCCAAGAGGAAUUAGAUGCGGUAAUCGGAAGAGACAGACCACCGACAUUUGCCGAUCAGGACAUCCUCCCUCAAACGAUGGCGUUCGUGCUGGAGAGUUUCCGAUGGAGGCCCGUGACGUCUGGUGGAUUCCCACAUAAAGCAACGCGGGAUAUCAUCUGGAAUAACUACUGCAUACCAAAAGGAGCUUCUGUGAUAGGUAACGUGUGGUCUGUGGGACGAGACCCUGCCGUCUUCCCAGAUCCGGAGACAUUUAAACCCCAACGGUGGAUCGCGGAGGAUGGGACGUUGCGAGAUGACAUUCGGUCAUAUCCAUUCGGUUUUGGUCGAAGAGUAUGUCCUGGACAACACAUAGCCACGGCAUCGACAUAUAUCAACACAGCGCUGACGCUGUGGGCGUUUAACCUUCGCGAGGAUGAGAAGGAGAAGGUUGAUACCCUAGCGUUUACGGAGAGUGCGAAUGCGCAUCCGAUGCCGUUCAAGGUUCUGUUUGAGCCCCGGCUAGCGGGUGGAUGGGAUGCUGUGAGGGAGGCAUUUGAGACGUAUGGGAUGUGA